AUACUUCAUCGGCGCCACAUUUGAUCUGGAGCCUUGCCAGACUCGACUGAAGUGUUUGUCAAUAGGUUUGAUUAACGUGCCAUUCAUUAUUUGAAUGGGAAAAGUGUAGAAUCUGCGAGUACAGGAUAUGAAUGGCGUUUGGUGCCAAUUUGUUCUCUCGAGGAAUUGGGAUAGCCAGUAUCAUUCUAAGUUAACUUUGACGUAAAUUUUACCCGAGGGUGCAACUUGCAAGUGCUGGUGGCCAACAGUGGACUCUCAUCGGAUCAGCCGACUCUGCCGGGGCGGAAACUUUAGAGUGCCCGAAUAUGUUAAUUGUUAUUGAUAACGAUUUAAAGAUAAUGACUGUCAAUGUUAGCUGACAUGAUGGAAUCUACAUGUACACCCAAAAGCUCCCAGUCUAGAUUCAUCAGCCAAGGAUGCAAGAAACACACAAGACUCAGACACAGACCACUGCAGUUUACCCAUGAUUUCAUACCGGUUCAACACUCUGCACAUUCUAACUCGUCACUGGCAUCCCUUUUUGAAGAGAGCUCCCUCUGUAGUUCACUUGGUGAAAUAGAUACCAGCUGGUUUGACAGUGGAAGAUGGACAUCUAAUGAUGAAACAAAAUGGAAAAAAGAGGACAUUCUGAAGACCCCUCAAGCAAGUCAACGAGAAAGCAAAAUCUUUUCUACUCCUGGGCUAUUCACUCCUGAUAGGCCGUCUCCUGUUUGUAAGCAGUGCAAAGAUUACCCAGAAUGCAACCCUCCCGAUGAAGAGUCUGCUUCCUCUUUUGUUCGUCCGAAAAGGUUCAGAAAAGUUCCCAGCAGCAUCCAUACAACACCCAAUUCUCAAAUCAUCACAUCACACCAGCCAACUAGUGGUCCACUGGCAGAGACAAUACAGGAAGAAGAUGAAGGGGAGAGGGGUCCAGCAGAUGUUCAGUUUAGUCCAUUCCCAACAUGGAACCCUACUUCUAACAAAGACACACCUAUCUUCAUGAAGCAGCUUUUCAAGACUCCAUCCACGUUGUUUGGUGCAGGGGACAAGCGGGCCUGCAGCACUCCACUACAGCGUUUGUCUACACCCCAGAGGUUGUCAAGAAGUCUUGGUGCUGAACCUGAGGAGUCGGAUCUCUCUUGGACCAGUUCCUUAGCCACACCUCCAAUGAGUUCCAAGAGCAAAACAGUCACCAGCUCAAACAAGAAACACAUUGAAGAUGAUACAUGGCAAACACAUGUUGUUGCCAAGGUUCUCUUCCAAGACGGUGGUUCUGUGGUUGAGAUGGAUAGCUGUGAGGAAGGGGAUGAGGGCUCGACACAGCCUUUGAAAGUCAUCAAGUUUCCAUCUAUUAAUGAUGACAGUCAAGAAGAAGAAUUCACCAUAGAAACGGAAGAUGGUGGAGAAAGUGAUAAGAGUUUAGCAGGUGGGAGAAAAGAGAUACCAGCACCCAUGGUUAACAAGGAGAGUGAUGAGUCUAGAGCUCAAAUGGUGACAAAAGAUUCUCCUGUGUUGCCUACUACCUUGGGGCAACCUCCUGUGACAGACAAUGGAAAGCCACCUCUUGCCAAACAUCGAGAACAUGAAAGCAUCAGUGAGUCUGCAGAUUCAAAGAAAGUUUCUGAACUGCAUGUGCAGGAAGGAGGAUCUGUCAGAGAGAAGGUUGAGGGACCCAGUGUAGGCAAUGCAGCUGAAUUGAAUGCCAAGAAGAAUGUGAGUGGAGACUCCACAGAAACAAAUGCUCUCUCAGAACUUGAUUGCAAACAAUGGAAGAAGAGUCCUCCUGUACAACCUGCAACGUCAUCCCAGCAAAGCUUUAUCAUUGGUAGUAAUCAUGCUAGCCAAAUAUUGUUCAACUCACAGGAAAGUACAAAGAAUGAUAAGACUGCAAUGGAGGAGACACUGGCUUUCCUUCUGGCUACACCUCCAAGCAGGAGAGAGAAACUUCUUGACAGAUUAGGUGCAUCUAGAAGUUCCAUUGGUGCUGGGACUUCCCUUGAGCAAGGUGCUUGUGAUGCAUUAGGCUCAACAUUAAAUGUAAAGAAUGACUUGUCUGUUUCUAGCCAGAGUGCCCCAAUGAAAAGUGUUUUAGAUGAUACUUUGAUGAGUCCUGCAGGUUUGCUCUGUAAGCCAAUGAAAUCCGGAUCUGAUGAAGGGCAAGAAAGGAAAUCUUUAGGCUCUGAAAGCAGCAUGAAUGGAAAACCUGAUAAUGGUGUAGUGGAGACACCAAGUAGACCUGCACCAGAUGUUGAUUUGCUGUCACCGAUAUCACCAAAUUAUGCAGAAGCUCUCUGUAGAGUUACUGACAUUGCAUCCAGUGAGCAACCUAUUGCCAGUAAGAACACUCUUGCUGGUCAAAAGUGCCUUGGAGUAGAGAGAAACCUAAUGGGUAACUUUGAGAAUCCUUAUUAUGAAGAAAUAAUUCAUAUCAGGGUUACCGAUCAGUUACGGUCAGAGGGUCAUGAUGACCCUUUGGUAAAGCAGACCUUACACCCUACUGAAGCAAAUAGACCAGAUGCAUUAGAAGCGAAGAACUCUUCAUUUUUCCCUUCAAGUCUUCCAGCAAGUGCUAAUAACAAGCUUCCAAAACCUUUUCUGUCAAAGCAAGAAGCACGUAAAGCCAUGUCAACAUCCAAGCCCGUAGCUGUUGCCAACCUCAAGACACAGUCUGUCACCAAGGGACGGUUUAAAUACACAGCUCCUGCACCAGCACCCAGAAAGGAUGGAGGAAGCAUAUCCAAGACCCGAAGCUGGCUAUCCCGAGCUGUAUAUGUUGAAGAGGAGGAAGAUGAGAAGGAAAAUGAAGAGAAGAAAGGAGAUGCUGUUCAGGCAGAAACUUUGGGUGAAUCAUCAAAGAAGGGAUGGACGAUGAAGAGACAUUCCCGAUCAACAACCUCAUUCACUACAUUUUCUACAUUUUGCAAGACGGCCCCAAACCCCCUUACUAGAGCAAUACCCACGGCUGAAAGCCAGACUGGUCUUGCAUCAAGCACCACUCCUACAUCUAGUAGGUCAGUCAUCCUAAGUGCACCACCACAUAAUAAGACUUUGGUAAGGAUCAGAGAGUUCCCACACAGCUGGCCCUCACCAAAGCGAUUAAGACUAGACGAAGAGAGAGAUGAAUGUAACAUGAAAAAUGACACGAAGAGCAAUCCUUUGCCUGUUGAGGAAUGUGAUGUAAAAAUUCCAAAGUUAGCUCCUGUAGGAAGUGAUGAAAUGCCACCUCGUGCACAAGAUCGGGUGUCUCUGGUCAUUAACAAUGCUGGGAAUGGUCAAGAAUGUGUAGAUCUCCAUGACAAAUUUAAUUCAACAGAUCAUGUAUUGUUUACAGAAGUUCAUGGUAUGACUCAAAAUGUUGGAUUCUCGAGUGCUAGUGGGAGAGCCAUAUUUGUUUCCCCUGAAUCCUUGAAGAAAGCUGAAAAACUCAUUGGAGAUGUAGACAAGGAAAAGCCACCGGAAGAAUAUCAACUGAAUUUGUCAUCAGCAGAUUCUCAAUGUGGGUUUCAGAGUGCCAGUGGGAAAUCUAUUCAAGUAUCAGAUGAGGCACUGAAAAAAGCUAAGAAAAUCAUUGAUGAAGUGGGUUUGAAUGAUGAAACAAUACACGAUUCACCUGGUAAAUCGUCACUGUCGGUAGGGUUUACUUCUGCACGUGGUAAUGCGAUCAAUAUAUCGGCAACUGCCAUGGCGAAGGCAAGAAAGAUAAUGAAUGACAUUAACCAUGAUGAGGAAUUGAAGACCAUUGGGCAGGAAGGAAGAGUAGUAGAAAUUUCUGGUCUUCACCAUGUGGAUGGAGGGGGAGAUAGGAAUAUGAUUCAGACUAAAGAAGGAGUGCAGAGUGGGGGCUUAUCUGGAAAUGCUCAACUGAAAAGUACAGUGGAAAACAGGCAGCGUCACAAAGGAUUCCGUCCCUUCAAACCACCAUCUCUUGUUGCAAACAUACAGCAACCAUCUCAUUUGACUUCAAGCAUUCCAUCCUUGAAUCAGACUAGUGCAAAUGAAUUAAUCAAAGAAUCGGAUAGAGGAAACGGUCUCAAGACGUGUGAAGACAGUAUUCCUGUUGGAUUGCAGGAGGGAAAUGCAACAAUGCCAGAGCUUGAGAUCAUCACCCUGCAACAAGAACAGAAGAUAGAAACUACUAAAAGCAGUAACAUGCCAAGAGAAAAACAGAAACUGGACAGUGGGAAUUUACAACCUAUUGAGAAUAGUGACAUUUCUGAUGAUGACUGUCUGUCUGCCACACAGGCUGCAAGAGAGAUCAAAGCUGCAGAGGAGAUGGAACUUGUUUAUAAUUUCAUGCAAGAAGAAGACACAGCAUUCUCUCAGCUUGAUGUGUCGUCAAUCAUAGCAGUUGGUCCUUCAGAGAAAGGAGCUGCACAGAUUCUCAAAUGUCCAGAAUAUCAUACAGAUCAAAAUAGGGAGAGUCAAGUAUCAAAUUCUCGAGAUCAUCAGAUGUUCAAUCACACCAUAGAGCCUACUCCAUCGCAAGGCUUUCUUACUGAACAAAGUGGCAAUUUCAGUCUCUUGGAAAGCAAGCUUCAAAGAGCCAAACCCAUGGGGGCUGUCAAGCAAACCACUGAUAGGAAUGAAGUAUUAUCUACAACCAUUAAGCACAAUGAUGUUCAAUUUGAAACGAUGGUUCAAAAAAGGAUUGAUGAAUCUAAACAAUACAUACCUUCUCCAAAUCAUGCAGAGAGAGUAACUUCAGACCUGAAGCAGAAUGGAGAUUACAGUAAAGUUGAGACCAAUACUAUUAAAGAAUCACCUGAUGUAGACCUGUCUGUGAAGAUGAUUGGACAGUUUAUGGAUGAUAAUUCCAUCCUGACAAAGGAGACAGAGGGACUUUGUACCCUUAGUGUGAAGGACAAAGAGCAACAGGAGGUUAGUCACACUGAUAGUCAUGAACCAUAUCAAGGCACAUGUAGUACUGAUGUUACCGAAAUCUCAAGCAAUGCCCAGCAAUCUAGUUAUGUCCAAGAUGUGGAAUGUAUUGAAUCUUUAUCUAAUGAUAAGGAUAAAGCACAUAUUCCAGGUGAUCACCUUCAACCGGACAUACUAAAUGCAACAUCAUACCAAGAGAAUGACUCCAUACCAGACCAGAAAAAGAGAGACAAACGUUGGUUGGAGAUGGAUGUCACAUUAGAGGCUUGUGGCCCUGUUGGUUUCAAGAUAGCUGGGGGACAAAAAAUUGAGGUUUCAGAGGCAGCACUGAAGAAGGCUACUUUACUGCUCUCAGAUCACAACUCAGAUGGAGAAAGAAAUAAGCAGCUCAAUCCUGAUAUUUCCAAUAAGUCUUUCAACCAGCUUAUUCCAACUGUGUUAGCACAUGAUAUGAGCAUAUCUCGUGCCACUCAUCACCAGGGAAAUAUGGAGCUAUCUGAACAUGUCAAAGUCCCAGAGUGCAGACCUCUGAUUAAUGUCUUACAGGGGGAAGAACUGCUGAUUGAUGAUAACAAUGGUGGCUCAACCAUUAGAGAGAGUAGCAUGUCUGAAGAAGAAUCUGCUUCAUCUUCUGUAUCUGAAGUACGUCAGGCUGGUUUACAGACUGCAAGAGGCAAGGAUAGCAAGGUAUCAAAGUCAGCUCUGCAAAUGGCAAAAACGGUUAUUGGUGAUAAUCAUGAAAAUAAUCCUGUGGACUAUUCCAUUGACUCCAAAGCUUCUAAAGACAUUCCUGGCAGCGACCAAGAUUUUGUCAACUUUGGUUUCCAGACAGCAGGAGGGAACAAAGUUUAUGUUUCAAGUUCUGCACUUCAAAAGGCAAGGAAGGUUAUUGAUUCAGCUCUAGAAAUCAUACCUGAAUGUUCUCCUGGAAGGUCCUCAACGAUACAUCAGAACACCAUGGAUUCCAAGACUACAUCAUGUACUAUGAACAAACAUAACAUCGUCCAUUCAGAGCAGGCUCCACAGAAACAUUCAUCUCAAACUGGAUUAUCUCCCAAAGUUGCUGCUUUGGAGCCAGUUCUUUCAGAAUACAAUGAUGUGUCUGAUGUGUCUGGAAAUUUGUCAAAUACUGAAAGUGGUCUUCUGGUGGCUUUCCAUACUGCAAGUGGAAACAAAAUCAGUAUAUCAGAUGAUGCCCUCCAAAAGGCAAGGAGACUGGUUUGCAAUGAAAUGACGAGCUUUCAUGAAGGAGCUAUUGAGAAAUCUACUAAGGAUUCCCAUUCUAAACAAGUUGCGCUGAUAGACACAUUUGAAAAUAUCAGUGGAGACUGGGAUGAAAUUUCUGAAGCAUUGCUAAUUGGAGAGAGGCAACCAAUUGCUAAUGAUACAGAUUUGUGUAAUAAAGGAAAUACUGCUAACCAACACGGGGCAAGCGUUGCUAGAGAUGUGAACUCCAAUAUACCAUUCUCCAAAUCUAGGCUUCAAAGGAAAAAGUAUGGUGACUCGUAUGGUAAUUCGUUAGGCCAAAAGGGUUCAGAAUUCAUUACAAAGUCAUCCCCAAGAAAUGUAGGUUUCCAGACUGCAAGAGGAGGUGCAAUAUCUGUUUCAGAUGAAUCUUUGAAGAAGGCAAAACAGCUGUUAGGAGAGGAUUCCGGACAUGAAAAUAUCCAGGAAAUAUCAGGCCUCAAAGAGACUAUGUUUGAAUCAUCCGAAUUAAUGACUGGCUUUCAAACUGGUAGUGGAAAGCACAUCCAAGUUUCAGAAUCCGCAAUCCAAGUAGGUAAGCAGCUAUUAUCAAAUGAUCUUGAUAUCUCCAAUGGUGGUGCAACAUCCUCUCUACACCAAAAACACCCGGAUUCUGCUGAGUUGGAGGUUGGGUUUCAAACAGGAGGCAGGAGAAGGAUUCAGGUUUCAGAAUCAUCCAUAUUGAAAGCAAGGCAGCUAUUGUGUGAUGAAUCAAACCAAGAUGUGAUGGAAUUCAGUGGUCUGAUAAUGAAAGAAACGUCAGGACAAUUUCAACUUGAUUCUGCAAGAUCCCCAGAUAUUCUUAUAGGUGAAGAAAAGCAGAACAACACUUCAAAAGAAUCAUCAGUGCCCACUAACAGUAAAACUAGAGACCAACAAGUGCAGAGAGUUUCUCGCUCUCUUGAGAGCCAAAAAUCUCAUAUUAAAAGUGUGCCAGUGGGCUUUCAAACGGGACAUGGGAGAAAGGUACAGAUUUCUGUGGCAUCUCUUCAAAGAGCAAAGGAAUUCUUAGCUGCUGGCUCUGAUUCAAUACCAGAUCAAAAUAUAGCUGUUGGCUUUCAAACGGGACAUGGUAAGAAGGUCCAGGUUUCUGAAGCGUCUCUCCAAAGAGCAAAGAAAUUCUUAGCAGAUGAGUCCAGUGAAGUACCACAUCAAAAUAUAGCUGUUGGCUUUCAAACGGGACAUGGUAAGAAGGUCCAGGUUUCUGAAGUGUCUCACCAAAGAGCAAAGAAAUUCUUAGCUGAUGAGUCCAGUGAAGUACCACAUCAAAAUAUAGCUGUUGGUUUUCAAACGGGGCAUGGUAAGAAGGUCCUGGUUUCUGAGGCAUCUUUCCAAAGAGCAAAGAAAUUCUUAGCGGAUGAGUCCAGUGAAGUACCAGAUCAAAACAUAGCUGUUAGCUUUCAAACGGGACAUGGAAAGAGGGCUCAGGUUUCUGAAGCAUCUCUCCAAAGAGCAAAGAAAUUCUUAGUGGAUGAGUCCAAUGAAGUCCCAGAUCAAAACAUAGACAUUGGCUUUCAAACAGGACAUGGCAAGAAGGUUCAGAUCUCUGAGGUGUCUCUAAAAAAAGCAAAGAAAUUCUUUGCAGAUGAGGCCAGUAAAGAAACGGAUCAAGACAUAGCCAUCGGCUUUCAAACAGGACAUGGUAAGAAGGUCAGGCUAUCCAAGGCAUCUCUUCAAAGAGUAAAGGAAUUCUUAGCUGCUGGCUCUGAUGCAGAACCAGAUCGAAACAUAGCUGUUGGCUUUCAAACAGGACAUGGUAAGAAGGUCCAGGUUUCAGAGGCAUCUCUCCAAAGAGCAAAGAAAUUCUUAGCGGAUGAGUCCAAUGAAGUCCCAGAUCAAAACAUAGCUGUUGGCUUUCAAACGGGACAUGGUAAGAAGGUCCAGGUUUCUGAAGCGUCUCUCCAAAGAGCAAAGAAAUUCUUAGCGGAUGAUUCCAAUGAAGUACAAGAUCAAAACAUAGCCAUUGGCUUUCAAACAGGACAUGGAAAGAAGGUCCAGAUUUCUGAGGCGUCUCUACAAAAUGCAAAGAAAUUCUUCGCAGAUGAGGCUAGUAAACAAACAGAUCAAGACAUAUCCAUCGGCUUUCAAACAGGACAUGGUAAGACGGUCAAGCUAUCUGAGGCAUCUCUUCAAAGAGCAAAGGAACUCUUAUCUGCUGGCUCUGAUGCAGAACCAGAUCAAAACAUGGCUGUCGGCUUUCAAACAGGACAUGGGAAGAAGGUCAAGGUUUCUGAGGCGUCUCUUCAAAGAGCAAAGACAUUCUUAGCUGCUGGCUCUGAUGUAGAACCAGUAAACUUGGCUGUCUGCUUUCAAACAGGACAUGGGACGAAGGUUCAGGUUUCUGAGAAAUCUCUUGAAAAAGCAAAGGAAUUCUUAGCUGAUGAGUCUAUUGCAUUAUCAGAUCAGAACACAACUGGUGGCUUACAAAAACGAUUUGAGAAUAAUGACCAGGUUUCUGAGGCAACCCUUCAAAGAACAAAACAGUUAAUAGCUAUGGAAUCUGAUGUAGGAACUGAAGUACAUGUACAUUCAAAUGAUUCUGCUGUUUGUGGUGACGUAUGUGAAGAGUCACUCUCUGAGAAAUCCUCCAUGAUGACAGGAUUUAUGACAGGGGAUGGAAGAAAAGUUCAAGUCUCAGAGGCUUUGCUUCAACAAGCAAAGAAUAAUUUUGACUCCGAGGUAUUUACAGAUUUCAGCAGAGAAAUUGGUAAAAGGGAAUUACAUGUACCUCCUGGGAGUCGGCACCAAAAUCUUUCCUCCAGUGCUGAUGGAAAUUCACCGACCCACCAAAGGAAAGAUUUAACAGAAGAUCGGACAUUGGAAAGAGAGCCUCUGAAAGGGGGUUGCAGUCUUACCAACUUACCACCACAGAAACAUCUUCCUGGAGGGCUCACCAAGAGAGGCUUGGUAGACAUGAGAAACAGACAGUGUAACCAGCAGAGUAACAGGAGAGGUAGCCUCCCAACUGGACAAAAACCAUACAAACCUCCAAGAAGAGUCAAUGAAAAGGUAUCGUCAUCAUCCAGAGGUUUGGUUCCUAGAGGUUCAAAUCCAACGGUUAUUCUUAGUGAUAGAACAAAGCCAUUAAAAGCUCUCCAAUCAUCACCACCUAGCAGUAGUAGGCAUUCUAUCAGUAAUGAGAGGCUACAUGUACAUGAAACAGGACCCUUCUUGAAGCCAAGCCUCAAUAUAGAUACCACCAACCAAUCACAGAGCCAGCUAGAAGCCACACCUAUUCCAGAGGAAGGGGCAUGUUCAUUUGUCGCUAGGUGGGAUGAGGCUCGAAGAGCUCAGCAACAACGGAUCAAUGCAAAAAGGGGUAGAUUGAUUAAGCCUGCAUUGGGUAGCUUGUGGCGAUGUAGAAAGGAAGAGGAUCGCAUCAGUCUGAAGGACUUUGUUAAUCAUCAAUAUCCCUGCUCUAUGACAGACUCUCAGGUAAGAGAAUCCAGGGGUUUCUCAUAAUUAACAGAUCUUGGGGGUGUUUUUACAGAGUUUAGUUUUUCAAUUCAGUGUUUAACGUGUCUUAAUUUGUUGUUUGAUAAACAUUUUGUUGGCUUACUUAGUGCUUCCUUUAAUCAUUUAUUUGAUAAAUGAAAUUAACCAUCGGCCCCCUAAUAAUGGAUCAACCAUGUAGAUAACUUUCUUGGGCUGUGCAAGUCAAGUGUGCAGCCAGCUUGCUGUAAUAUACACCUGUCUUAUCUGUACCGUGCACAAAACAAGCAAAACAGAUCAAUCUGAAUAUUUGCAUUUGAUAAAGGCCUACAGAUAUCAAAAUCAUGAUCAUACACAGUCUCCAUUUCCAGAGGAAAUUACUAGUCUAUUUCCAAAAGUUCUUCCAUUUCAGAUCUGUUUCCGUAAACGUUUGUUUCUGAAAACAUGUCUGUUUCUGUAAAUGUUUGUUUCUUACAGCUGCCUUACCUAUUUCUGUCAACGUUUUCUUUUUUAAAGCUUGUCCAUUUCUGUAAAUGUUUAUUUCUGUAACCGUUUGUUUCUGGACAAAUUGUUUGUCCUAUCAGAAUGAGUAAAAAAUUAAGUUUUGGUGUAAAUUUAAAAGUGGCCGUAGGAGAGUUACAUAUGAUAAACCAAAUCUUGCUUGCUUUGCCAGUAGAAGGAUCGCCAUGGCAUUAGUGAUCUUGACAUUCAAAUGCUAAUAAAUGUCUUUGUUCAAUUUUGCUCAAACUUUCAGAGAUCUACAUGUAAUUCUUUGGUUUUUCUGCUUUUUUACUAGCUAACCUUUUUCAAGGGUUUCAUGAACUCCUUUAAGCAGGAUGUUUUUCUCUAGUUUUAUUAUGGGCAUUUUCACCACAGAUGGACACAAAGGCAAAAAAAUCAAGUUGAUAUUCAUGUCAAAUGCUUUGUUUUUUAAUAAUACAAGAUCUGAAGUUUCUGGGACAAAACUUUUUCCGACUCUGGCAGCCAUUUUUUAUUUCAAAAUGGCUGCCAAAGUAUGGAUACAAAUUAGUGUUGAAAAUAGUAUAUUGAUACAUAUUUUAUUUUGACAGAUUUUUAAAGAACAGGGGGGCGUUUCAUGAAAGGACUUGUCUGACGUUUUAUCCGACAAGUCCCAUUUUAUCCGACAGUUACCAUAGUGACAGUACCUCUCAGCCAAUCAACAUCAGAGAAAGAUGUCAGAUCUGACAACUUGUCGGAUGAAAAUGUUGAUGAAACACUCCCCAGGUUUCAUCAUGAUGUCUUCGCCUGUGAUUUAGCUUGCUAUUAUAACACUUUAUAAAAUCCCAUACAAAGAAACACCAGUAAUAAUAAUAAUAACUAGAAUUUUAAUUCGUCAUGAUGAUGAAUUAGGUGAUCUGUCUCUGAUUUUCAUGAUCACGAAUACAAUCACCAUGUUUAUUGAGAUCAAUACGAUGAUCAUAUUGAAAACUGAAUUUUUAUUACGAAAAGAACAUGUUGAAUACUCUUGAAAAGAGUGAAAUUGAGAAGUUAUGAGAAAUAGGUGUAGGUGAUACACAUGAUACAUGUUAUGUUAAAAGGGUUUUUAAACUAUUUUAUUGUGCAAUAUUUUAACUUAUACACCUUGAAAUUGUCAUAAAGGACCAUUUGUGAAAUGUUGAAAAGAAACAAAUAAGGAAAAAAAAUUUCUCAUGUUCACCCCUGGCUUCGAACCGUGGACCCUAAGGACGCAAGUCUGAUGCCUUACCAAUCGAGCUGGACUGUUUCCCAUAGACUACACAUAAGCAGAAUAAGAGGAUCUCAAAUCCCAUUUUGCAAGAGAAAUAUGGGCAUGAUCCCGGCAUCUGAUCGGAACAUGGAGACCACAUUUACGAUAGCUUAGAAUCUCAGCUACAACAUAUUCCAAGCUCAGAGAAAAUCGACAAAAGGAAAUGGAGAUAUGGCUCGCGAAAUAGAGGAAUGUAAAAUCCAGUUUUGAGAAAAAGUUAUUUCCCAUAGAGAUUGCACACAAAAUGAGCGAAAAUGACAUGCCUCUAUAACUUGCCAUUUUCAGGAUGAUCUGUUCCUUUAAAUGUAAAUAUAGCCAUCACGUUAGAAAGAAUGUGUCCUCAGCUACAACAUCUAAAAAACUGAGCAAAAAAUUUACCUAUAUUUACGGAGUUAGAGUCAAAUUUGCAUAACUACAUGUAUGAUGACGUCAUAAGUAGCAAAGUCGAUAUUUUGAGUUCCGACGGCCAUUUUGAUGACGUCAUGAUAAAAUUUAGGGUCAAAUAUGGCAUGAAAUCAUAUCUCCCAUCCAUACUCUAUUCGAUUGUGAAAAAAAAUUGGGGGUCAACGCACUUCCUGAAGAGCUAUAAUGAAUUUUGUAUAGGCAUGUUUUUGCACAUAUAUUGUCUAUGGUUAGUGCGCGCUGUAAAGUUUGAUGGAGUCUAAUUCCGUUAUUACUUGUUGUACAAGGUUCAUCAAGGUAUCAAAAUACUCAGAAUUAUAUUAUCGAUGCAUUGAUAUGAAAAGAUACGGCGAUUCUAUGUUGCGUAAUACCGUUACGCGCGAAAACGCGCACGUAAUCGUGUGCGCCCGCAAAUUUAUGAAAUUCUUAAAAUGACCUGAAUCAUACUCUACUUUGGUCAAAAAGUGAUUUUGAGCAUUUUAAAAGUUUGACGUGCGCGUAUGUGCACGUCGUGACCUUUACAUGACCUUUGAUGAUAUGGACAGUUGACCCUUGACCUGAAGUUAAUGUGAUGUAAAUAUGGUAAAUUUUUUAUAAUUGAUAAUGAAGAUAUGAUUGAUUAUGUGAUUUUACAAAAUGGCGUCUAGAUGACGUCAUGAUGACCUUUUGACCUUGAACCUGUUUCGUACACAUGACAUGAUAUGUCCCCAUAACUGAUAAUAUUUUGAAGAAAAUUGAAGAUGUAGAUUUUGAGAUUUUAGUGGAACAAGAAAAGGGUGGAAAAUAAAAAUAAAGAAAUGAAUAAAAAAGAAAAUUCGUACAAAAUUAAAAGUUGAUCUGUCGAUUGACAGAUCACCUAAUAAUUGGCAUUUAUAUAGCGCUUUAUCAAUCUACGACUGUUCAAAGCGCUUCACAAUUAUUAUUACCCAGUCACUGGAUCCAUAGCAUUCCAAUUUCCAAGCAGCCUGUUAGGCGCAAACUUGCUAAACCAACCACAAUGACAGUUGUUUCCUACCGGUACCCAAUUAGCACCUGGGUGAGAGUGGCAAAGUGUGGAUUGACGCCUUGCCAAAGGGCGCUAGGCCAUGGUGGGAUUCGAACACACGACCCUCUGAUUACAAGGCGAGAGUCAGAACCGCUACACCACGGCGCUUCCACUUCAUUUAUUCAUUUAUCUGAUAAAAAAAUAUUGAUGAAGUAUGUGAUAUGGUAUGUAACGUCAGUUACCAAAAACAUGAACUUUUUUUUCUAAUUUCCCGGAAAAGAGGAUAUAUUAUAUGAAACUUGGUAGAUUUUCUCUCCAGGUAACACCCCUCCCUUCUACACCAAAAUGAAAGAUUACCAAUUAACAAUCAAGCCAUAGGGUACCAGUAAAUAUGUGUAACGUCAGUUACCAAGUGGAAAAUGUAAUGACAGUUAUCGAGAUGUAAUGUCACUUACCAUGAUAAAAUGUUGCUACCAAUAGUGAAAUGCAAAUGUGGUCAAUUUUAUGGUGAAGAAAUAUUGUAUACUUGUUAUUUAAGUCUUUCACUUGGUUUAAAAGUCACACCAGAAGGAGCUUGCUAUUGGCUUUUAAAAGGUAUAGUUCACAAGGAAUACUAUAUAAAAUUAUGAAGGAAGUUGCAUUCCCAUCGUGCAAAAAUAAAUUACUAUGAAAUCGUUUUGCAUACAUGCACUUACCAAUUACCUAAUUGUUUGGAUCAGACAAAUUUUUUUUUUUUUUGGUUUUCGGGGGAAGGGGGUACUUUUCCCAACCUAUUGCCUAAAUCUGCAACAUUUGAUAAGCUUAACAUCGCGAUGAAGGGGGUUUCCAGGACCCCUUUUUUAGUUUCUAGGAUUCUUUUGAGCAUUGCCGGGCUAAAAGUAAAUUCCUGUUUUUUAUACCUGUUAGUAGUGUAGAUGUCUGAUACAAUUUUUGUUUUUGGUUUACAAAUAGAUGAAAAGUGAAAUUUGUCAGUUCUGAUCAAUGUUGCAUGGAUCUACUAAAACUGGGUUGUUUUUUUUAGUUCAGAAGCUGGAGUUUAUUUUUUGUUGACAGCUUAAAAAAGAAAUUAGCAAAGAGAAUGAUUAAACAAAUUAAGAAGAGAAUUGAAAUCCAACAGAUAUGAACAAGCAUUGCUUGCACUGACCAGAAUAGUAAUCAAUAAAUCUGCAUAGCUGCAUGAGAUUCGGGGGAGGAGACCCUUAUUCAUUUUGCCUUUUUUGAGGGGAGGGGGAGGUUGGAGAAGCAAAAGGUUUAAAAAGUCAAUAUAAAACUGAUGAAUAUUAAUGGGAGUAUACAGUAGUCAGAAAAAUCCAUGUGUACAGUCAAUGCAAUAUUUAAUUACUAUAGGAAUACAUGUAGCUGCUAUGACCCCCCACCCCCGAGUAUUAAAGUAAAACAUACAUUUCUUAUCUUUUGAUAAUUAAAAAUGUGAAGUAUUAUGAAACUUUUAUGAUUUUGAAAAGCCUUACAUAUAAGUGCCAAGAAAAUUAUUCCUUUGAAAAUCAUACCUGCCAACCAGUACGUUUUAGGCGUAUUUAGUACGUUUUUGCAACCAAAAUACGGCAGUACGUUUUUUCUUUUAAAAAUACGUUUUUUUGUUAAAAAAAAAAAAAAAAAUGUCUCUAUUUCAUAAAACGUACACAAAUAUGGUUAUUAGAUCAAUGUGAUUUCAGGUAACUUGUUUUUUUUUCAAUCAUUUUGUUAAAACCAGGGUGAAG